AUAUUGAGAGGGGGUUACUAUAGGUUUUAGGUGGUACGUCGGUAAUGAAUGGAAUGAUGUAUAUGAGAGGAUCCAGAAAGGAUUACGAUGAUUGGGCAGCCCUGGGCAAUGACGGUUGGAGUUACAACGAGGUCCUGCCAUAUUUUUUAAAAAGUGAGGACAAUAAACAAAUGGAUCAGAUGGAUAAAGGAUAUCAUGCAAAAGGAGGAUUGCUUACGGUGUCACAGUUCCCAUAUCAUCCCCCUUUAUCCAAAGCUAUUCUGAAAGGGGCUCAAGAAUUAGGUUAUCCAGUGCGAGACUUGAAUGGAAUAUAUCAUACUGGUUUCAAUAUAGCACAAACAACAAAUCGUAAUGGAUCACGUCUCAGCACAGCUAGAGCUUUCUUGAGACCAUUCAAAAACAGACGAAAUCUCCACAUUCUCAUGAAUGCAACCGUUUCGAAAGUUCUCAUCGAUCCCACGUCAAAACGUGCCUAUGGAGUGGAAGUACUCAACAAAGGAAGGAAAAAUAUGAUAUACUCUACCAAGGAAGUUAUUGUUUCAGGAGGUGCUGUUAACUCUCCACAAAUUCUUCUCCUCUCUGGAGUUGGUCCAAGAGAAGAACUGAAUAAAGUGAAUGUUCCUGUUAUACAUGAUCUUCCUGGUGUUGGAAAAAAUCUGCAAAAUCACGUAGCUUUCUCCAUCAACUUCAAUAUAAAUGAUACAAAUAGUGCGCCGUUGAAUUGGGCAACUGCUAUGGAAUAUUUAUUAUUCAGAGAUGGCCUAAUGAGUGGAACAGGAAUUUCUGAAGUCACUGGAUUUGUUAAUACAAAAUAUCAAGAUCCCAAAGACGAACAUCCAGACAUUCAGUAUAUUUUUGGAGGAUUUUUAGCCAAUUGUGCAAAAACUGGACAAGUGGGGGAAAAAGUCGAUAAUAAUACAAGAUCUGUGCAAAUAAUACCAACCGUUUUGCACCCAAAGAGCCGAGGUUCCCUGCGGUUGAGAGACAACAAACCGUUGAGUUAUCCUCUCAUUUAUGGAAACUAUUUUACCCAUCCAGAUGAUGUGAAAGUCAUGAUUGAAGGUAUCAAGAUUGGUUUGAAACUUGCGGAAACUAAGGCUUUGCGAAGAUAUGGUUUCCAGUUAGACAGAACCCCAGUGAGGGGCUGUGAAAAUAUUUCUUUCGGAUCAGAUCGCUAUUGGGAGUGUGCUAUGAAGAGGCAGACUGCUCCAGAAAAUCACCAAGCCGGAAGUUGUAAAAUGGGACCACCUUCUGAUUCCUUAGCUGUUGUAAAUCCUUCUCUGCAGGUACACGGUGUCGACAGAUUGAGGGUGAUAGAUACCAGUAUCAUGCCCAGAGUGACGACGGGUAACACCAACGCACCGGCCAUCAUGAUUGCGGAAAAAGGCAGUGAUAUGAUAAAAGCGCGCUGGCUGACGCCAUUAGAUGGAUUUUUCUACACAAACAUGCCGAGUCAGAGGAUAGAUAGGCAUUGGGGGUCGUUUUAAAGUACUUGUACAUAUUUAAUUAGGCUAUUUAUGUGUGUUCUAUUAGUUUAUGAUAUGAUAAAUCGAAUAAAUAUUUUGAGUACUUUCUUUCUAA